GACGCCCCAGAGGGGGGCAGGGGCACCACCGCUACUCAUUCGCCGGCCCGCGCCCGAAGUGAGCACACGUCCGUCGCGCUCACUGACCACAAAUCGCGUGCAGUGAAACUUCAUUAAAGUUAUUUUAUUGCAAAAACAAAUGGCCAUCGAUAGUGAAACCUGAAACUGUGUGAUUGUGUGUGUUCUGUGUACAUUAACCUGUGUUUCAAAUAAACUUGGUACAUCCUAGCAUUGCUAGGAAUCAGUGAAAAUUGCUGGAUUUUGUUGGCCGGCGGACAGCGCCCAGGCCAGUAUGGAGAGCUACUUUGACAUCUCAAACGACCUCAAAGACGUCUGGGAUGCAGACAUUGAUCCGGAGAUGGACAACGUGCUAGACGAGGACGAGAGCGACUGGCUCAUCGAGCGGGAGUCCAAGUCCGGAGUGGUACUGCACGACCGUCUCAUGACGGACGCGGCGUUGGGAGCCGUACCGAUCAAGACAGAACACUCUUACAGCCUACAUUCAGAUGGCGAAUCCGCACCACCAUCACCACACCACACCAAAGUUGACGACAUGGAAGACGAGUGCUACCCCGCCAUCCCCGCCAGCGCGUGGAGCCGGCGGCGCUCCAGCGACUCCCUCAUGGAAGUGAAGGCCGAGCCCAAGUCGGAGCCCGAGUCGCCCGCCUCCUCCUGUCCCCCCUCGCCCACACCCGGCACGCCCGUCACACACCUCGACUACGUUAUUGACCACACAACGGGAACCAUACACAUGCCACAAGCCGUGCUGCAAAAAGUGGGCGCAGCGGGCGUUCCACAACUGCUGCUCAGUGCCGCACCUCGUCUAGCCACGACACUCAACUCCAACAAGUUGUCCAUCAAGGUUACAUCCAGCUCAGGAUCUGGCUUCCACCUCCCCCCCACGCCGCCGUCGUCGCUAUCGUCGUCGGACAGCGAGGGCGCGCGCUCGCCGGCGCACGACGCCCCCCCUCCGGCGCCCGCGCCGCCGCGCCGCGCGCACCUCUACCUGUCGCACCACUCCCGCCAGCCCAUCAACACGCCGCUUAUCAGCACGCAACCGAAAGGAUCAACGGGCCAACUGGUGCUAACAGACGAAGAGAAACGCACACUCCUGGCAGAAGGCUACCCCGUGCCCACGCGUCUACCCCUCACCAAGGCCGAGGAGAAAUCACUCAAGAAAAUCAGAAGGAAAAUCAAGAACAAGAUAUCAGCACAAGAAAGCAGACGCAAAAAGAAGGAAUACAUGGACCAACUAGAGAGGAAGGUCGAAAUUCUCGUCUCAGAGAACUCGGACUACAGAAAAAGGGUAGAGACAUUGGAGCAGAAAAACGCGAGUCUCCAAAGCCAACUGGCCUCUCUGCAGGCGCUCGUAACGCGGAACGCGCGCAAGUGACGUCAUUGUGAAGAGUGUGACGUCACUGUGAAGAGUGUGACGUCACUGUAAAGAGUGUGACGUCACGCUACGCUAUCCCUAAGGCCUCAACGGUUAAAGUAUGAAUUUAUACUGUUAUGGUAUUGGUCAUAGAUUAUGAGAGGUGGCGAAUGUCUUUUGAUGGCACAGUUUUAAGUCCAAACGACAUUAUUACAAAUUCAUGUUGACAGUCUUUGUUCUAAAAGGCGUUUCGAUAACUAGGGAAUUGGUCGUCUACUAAAUUCCUCUUUUUAAAGACGCUGUUACAUACUAUUAAUUUCUGUCCUGUUUUUCUUUUUAAAAAUCAACUAAUCUUUCUAAGUUAUUUUAUUAACAAAUUUCUUUUAUUUUUCGUCAACGCUCAUGCAUGAUAAGUAUAAGUUAAUCAAAAGACACUUGUCAUUACUCGAAGUUAAUUAAUUUAUUGGCCACGCCGAGUCGUAAUAUCAGUCAUAAUAUAUAUCUAUGUGUACUCAAAGUUCAAAAAUAUAUCGAAUUUUGAUGUUAUGUCUUGUAAAUUACCUAGUAAACCAGGUUAACGUCGUAACUUAUUUAAAAAAAAUAGUUGAAUUUUAUUCUAAUAUAAAAGUCGGCCGGCAAGCCAAUUUUUGACAAUGUAUGUAUAUUUGGAAGUAUUUACAUAUACUAGAAGACUAAAGGGAGCUUUUAGCGUUUCAAUGGUUGCUCACUAUAUUUUUAGUAAUAGGUUUUUGUGGUGCUGGAACCCUAUUCCUGCGGUUUUUACUGCAAAGUGCCACACUAGAUAUUUAUUUUUGCAAUUGCACUGUUUUCGACUUGAAGACUCGAUAACAGGGAAAUAUAAUUGGGUCUAGAAAGUGCCUUUUAUACUACAUAAUAUUCAUACCAAUAUUUAAGACGGUGUACCGAGUACAACCGCCGCGGACACUCGUGCCUGAGGAAGGGUACCCGACGAAUCCGAAACAUGUCGCCAAAAGCGUCGAUCCAAAUAAACUACUUUUCGUUUUCUUAUAGCUGAUAUUGGGAAAAGAGAAUCCAUCCCGCCAGUCAUCUUUUAGAGACAUAGCGCCAUACCUUUGGCCUAUACUCGUGGAGGUGGCGCCACCUUUUGAUAUUUAACAAAUUUAACACAUAUCAGCGAAAGAACAAGGAUCAACGUCAAAAAGCGUUCUAAGUUUUAAUCAUGUGUCGAAAGAGUGCAGUAAAUUUACUGUGGCUACAAAAUUUACUUUGACAAUACGCCUCUAUUUUCAAUUCUCUUUGUUUUGGGUGGAUGUUGUGUAGUGUUAAAGGCACUCAAAUGUCGAUAUAAUUAUAAAGGCGUGUCCUUAGAAAUCUCGUAAUAUAUUAUAAUAAUGCUGCAAGAGCAUUAAAUAGCUUAAGUCUUAAUUUGUGUGUGUUUAUUAUAAUGUGAAAUUAGGUUAAGAAAUUUUAUUGUUACCCAAAGCAUGCGUUUUACUUGUAUGUGGCCGUUACGGCUCGGCCACGACUUUGCGCGACCGGCGGCGGCGGCAACCAUAGGUUGGAGCGAGACACAGCGAUCGGAUCUUUCGUUCCCACCUAUGGUUGCCGCCGCCGCCGGUCGCGCAAUGUCGUGGCCGGGCCGUUAUGGCUAUCUUUAGAAUAUCCCUGGAUUCGCUUCGGGAUUCUUGGUAGCAUAAUAUGUAAGACAUAUACAUCGAUGUCUUACACUAUAAAUUGAAUUCCAUGAAUUUGCAUUUAUAAAUUGAAAUGUAUCUAGAGAUUUUAUCUUUAAGAUAGAUAUUUGUGUAUCUACUAAAGGACCUUUUGAGCCGACUGUGUGAUUGUAUUCGGUAUAAUGUCUAGUCUUUUGUAGAAUCAGUAAGUGGGUUCACGGCCCAUCGAGUCGCUAUCAAUCAGGAAUGGCGCUCUGUGGACAAGUACAAACGGACAGCGAGCCUUCUCAACAAUGUAUAUUAAUAAAGUGUGCUCUAACCUUUUUGCCGCCAUUAACUUGAUAUAAAGUCAGUACAUUUCGGGCCCACACGCCACGACUUGAUAUGUUAUACGGGUUGUUUACGUGCUUAGUGGCUUGGCGUUGAUGACACUUUAUUACUUCAUUGGCGUGGCGGUGAAAAUGUUAAAUUGAUACAGGAUACUGAGGAAAGUUUACCAUGAACGUUAAGUAAUGUUUAGAAUUUGAGUAUAGGUGCUGAGUUGAGUUUUUAUGAAGAGUGACUCAAAAACACUUCAAUAAAUAAAGACUCCAAAAAAAGUUCAAAGAAUCAUGGCUACCGAUUUUUUUCUAAUUAACCUUAAAUUGUUUAUGAAAACUACGUGUUUUUUUUUGUAAAAAUUAAAGAAUUCAUUACAAAACAAGCCGAGUCUCGAAAAUGAGGAUUCCAAAGACUAACAAUGGCAAAAGGUAUUGUUAUUUCUAAUAACUAACCAAUUUACCUGUCACUUACGUUUAUAAUAAAUUUUCUUUAGUAUACAAUAUGCUUUUAUUGUAACUAGCCUUCGCAUACGAACAGUAUUUUGAUGUACAGGUUGAUUCACGAAAGCUGGCACGAAUGGAAUGGAAUGAACGAAACUUUCAUUGCAUGAGUGACACCUGUUUUAGUCCUGUAUGGGUGGAUAUAGAGUCACAGCCGCCAUUUUAUUGGUUAAUCUGAUAUACACAGAUAUUUUCAUUCACUCAUUCAUUUCAUUCGUGCCAGCUCUUGUGAAUCAACCUAUAACGUACCACUAAUCUUGUUACUGGACGAUCGUCUAACAUUCUCGUGAACUAAUAUAUACAUUCCAUUUUCUCGAUAUAAGUGACUUAAAGUGAGCUUCGUACUUAUUAAUAAUAAAACCUUCGGAAUGUAGUCAACUUGCUGUACAAAUUUUUACCUGAAACUGUUAAUUAUGUAUACAUUAUAUGUCUAUUUAACUCCGCUUGACUAGUAUAAUUCUAUCUGCCGUCCUGAGACGCGUAAUUUUAUAUUGCGUUUGUUGACAACCAAAAAAAAAUUUUUAAACCGGGCACUACUCUUAAAAACCUUGUAUCUCAUUACCAAACGGAGACAAAUUAUGUUUUGGUUGUCAUCGGACGUUUAUGUUACUGUGUGCAAUUACGUUCUGUUGUACAUGUAUGAAGUUCUUCCUAUGUAGAGUUUUAAGAAAAUGUUAUAUUUAUAUCGUGCUAAAUUAAUAUAUCAACUUAUAUCGUCCCCAACUCAUCAGGGGGCGUGUUAUUGAAAAUGAGGAUAUAUUUUAAGAGAUUUUUUCCAAUGAAUUUUUAGAAAUAUAUACGUUAUACAGUUUUACUUGUCUCGUCGAGAUCUCUAGUUUAGCGUAGUUAUUGGUUGAAUGGGCUAUCCUUGCCUUCCGCAGUCGAAUUGCAUAACUAUUCCGACCGACGUAAUAUUUCCAUACUUGAAACUUCCUCAUGGACCGCCAAAGACGUCGAUAGACGCUCACGGUUACAUUGUAAUAUAGACCUUCAUACGUUCCAAUAAGGUUUACGAUUAAGGGUUCAAGGCAACGACAGUCCGAUUUUUUCGCAAUUAGGCUGCAGGGAUGUUCACAGGAUAAGAUGAACUGCAAGUGUGCCUAUCAGCAACGGUUUUUAUGAAUUAAAUGUCAGGGCGUCCGCUAGGUAGCGCGGGUUCACACAGCGGAGGCACACACGCGGGUUUAGGUAAAAUCCGUCGCACGCGUCCGCGCCAGUUAGCGGACGCCCACAGAGGCAAUAGCGGUUGACAGGCGAAGAGUAUUCUUAGAGAAAAUACGAUAUUUAUAUAAAAAAAGUAUUUUAACUUGUAAAAUAUAUAAUUCCUAAUAUGGCAUUUACCGUCUACAAAGGAGUGAUGUAAUUGAAAACGACUUAUAUGAAUUAACUAAAGUAGUUAAAUUAAGUUAUGCAUUAAUAAUUUAAUGCAUGUAAACUGAAUGCCAAACUUGUACAUGGCUGUUGUACAAGUACAAUACUUCUGAGUGACAAUCUUGUAUGAUCAAUUCGUCAACCGACCAGAUUAAUUAAAAUAAGCCUAUUUAAUUAUUACAUAAUAAUUACUCGUGCAAGUUUUUUUCUAUUUUAAUUUCUCUUUAUUCUUAAAAGCCAAUAAUUUACGAGUCUUACCUUAAAAUUGUUUCCAUAGAGGUCCACAAGAUCAGAGGUCUGCUGAGGAAAUUUAGAUAUCAUUUUAUUGCCAUUUAGGUUCUAGAACGACUUAAAAUCUAAUCUAUCUGAUUUAAGAUCUAGUAGUUGAUCUCAAAUUUAUAUUAAAACCAGGGCAGAGUGAUAGAGCAUGAAAAGUGAGACUUUUUUAUAUUUAACCUUUUCGCCGCCAUUGACUUGAUAUAAAGUCAGUACAUUUCGUGCCCCACACGCCACGACUUCAUAUCAAGUCGUGGUUUAGGUCAGGUUUGUUUGCGUGCAAUUUUUGACAUUACCUAUGUAGUACCUAUGUUUAGCGCGCGUGCUAUGCGUAAGCGAUUCGCCAGAUAUGGACACACCUUUGGCCUUUGGCUUUCUUAUGGGCAGGUCUUUCUUCUUUCUUUAACAUAUCAAGAUAAUUUCUUAAGAAGUUUCUCGAAAGCCUAAAACUCUCACGUGUAUUUUUGUACUAAACUCAGAAAACAUAUUUUCAUAAGAUAUUGUGCAAUAAGCGGCCUAAAACCGGAUUGAUGAUGCGGCCAUGCCAAUUGUUAUUCAGUGUAAUUUUUAUUCAUAGUUUUAUUUGUUAAAACUACUAGCUGUUACCUUGAGUCAUCAUUUGUUGAAUCGUUUGUUUUAUUAUUAUUUUCAAUGACAUUAUCGAUUUUACUGUCACCUUUGAGAUAAAUAAAGCGUCAAAAUAUUGUA